AUGACAAAAGAAAAGGAGAGACAUUUUUCUUUUUUUCUCUCUGGCAAAACUGGGGGUGCAAAAAGAAGAAUAAGUAGAAAAAGGGUCACUGAUUUUUAUUCUUACAUUGAGUUAAGUGUUGUUGUAUUGUAUUUUUUUCAAGUGUUUUCUUCUUCUGCCUUUGUAAUCACCAGUUUCAUUAUCUCUCAAUACACACACUACACACUACACCCACAGAUAUAUAUAUAUACCCUAUUUCUUCUCCUUUUUAACACAUUCUUUCUUUAUUUGGUUUUCAUUUUCAAUUUUUUACCAUUCCUUUAUUCAUUUUCCCAUUCUCUUUUUGGUUUUCCCUUCUUCCCUUCCUCCUCCCUUCUUCUACAUUUUGUGUUUUCAUUUGUUUCAACAUUUUUUUUUUUUCGUCUUGUUUUAGAUUACAUUUUUUUGUUCAAGAAAAGAAACAACAACAAUAACAAAUUACUUACAUCCAGUUCAUUCACUAAGUAUAACUUAUUCAUUCACUACAUUUCAUUCCAAAUUGUAUUCAAUUCAGUUUUAGUUUUAGUUCUAUUUGAUUUGUUUAACACAUCUCCCUUUAAAUCAAACAAUUAA